GUGCAAUUUAUUUCAUUUAUUCAUAAUCAAACUCUGGCAAAUACGUUAUAAUAUUCUUUUUUAGGAGUGGCAGUCUUAGGUGGACUUUUAUAUGCUGUUGGUGGUGAAUGUUAUUCUUAUUCUAGUGAGGUAGAGAUGUGGAAUCCGAGAACAGGUCGGUGGAGGUCAAUAUGUCCUAUGUCCGUACAAAGAUGUGAAGUCGGGGUAGCUGUGUUAAAUGAUAAAUUGUAUGCCGUAGGAGGAAAAGGUAUCAGUUCCUGCUUAGAUACGGUAGAAUGUUACGAUCCGCACACGAACAAAUGGACACCGUGCGCACCUAUGUCGAAGAGACGAUGCAGAGUAGGCGUAGGAGUAGUGAAUGGUUGUCUUUAUGCACUCGGUGGUUACGAAACUUAUUCAGCUAGCAUUACUAGCAGAUUGGACUGUGUAGAAAGAUAUGAUCCUAAAACUGAUACGUGGACUAUGGUUGCGCCAAUGAGUGUGCCCCGGACUUCAGUUGGUGUGUGCGAAUUAGGUGACCGACUUAUGGCCGUGGGAGGAUACGACGGCCGACAAUGUCUCACACUAGUGGAAGCCUACGAUCCACAUCUCAACGAAUGGGAACCUGUUGCUCCUCUUAACGCUGGCCGUGCGGGACCCUGUGUUGUUGUAAAAAAUUUAACGAACAGCAUGUAGAUUAUUUUUACUAAACGAUCAGUAAUUGGACUUGCUAAUUAUGCAAUUUAUAUUUGUAAUUACAUAUAUGAUGUAGGUGUUUCAGAAAUAUGACAGAAUAAUCUGCUCUCUUGUAAUAUUGCAUGCAUGUUAAAUUAAUCACAUUGUUGUUUUUCUGAAACAAUUUUUGAUAAUUUUACAUUUAAAUAUGUAUUAUAUUUCUUCUA